GCGGGGGCGGCCGAGGGGAAGAGUGUGUGUCUGUGUGGAGAAAGGGGAUUCGCCCGAGCCUCUCGAAAGCCCCGGGGAGAGGCCCAGCCUGCAGGGAGCCCUGUAGUGUAUGUGCGGUAACACCAUGUCUGUGCCCCUGCUCACUGACGCCGCCACUGUGUCUGGAGCUGAGCGGGAAACGGCCGCGGUCAUUUUCUUACAUGGACUUGGAGACACAGGGCACAGCUGGGCUGACGCCCUCUCUACCAUCCGGCUCCCGCAUGUCAAGUACAUCUGUCCCCAUGCGCCCAGGAUUCCUGUGACCCUCAACAUGAAGAUGGUGAUGCCCUCCUGGUUUGACCUGAUGGGGCUGAGCCCAGACGCCCCAGAGGACGAGGCUGGCAUCAAGAAGGCAGCGGAAAACAUCAAGGCCUUGAUCGAGCACGAGAUGAAGAAUGGGAUCCCCGCCAAUCGGAUCGUCCUGGGAGGCUUUUCCCAGGGUGGGGCCCUGUCCCUCUACACAGCCCUCACCUGUCCCCACCCUCUGGCUGGCAUCGUGGCACUGAGCUGCUGGCUGCCCCUGCACCGGGCCUUCCCCCAGGCAGCCAACGGCAGUGCUAAGGACCUGGCCAUCCUUCAGUGCCAUGGGGAGCUGGACCCCAUGGUGCCCGUACGGUUUGGGGCCUUGACAGCUGAGAAGCUGCGGUCUGUCGUCACUCCUGCCAGGGUCCAGUUCAAAACAUACCCAGGUGUCAUGCAUAGCUCCUGCCCGCAGGAGAUGGCAGCUGUGAAGGAGUUUCUGGAGAAGCUGCUGCCUCCUGUCUGACCGCUGGCCCCCAGCACCUGGGCCAGGGGAUACAGCAAGCAAGUGCGGCACCAUCUUGGAUCUGAGCCGGUCGAGCCCCUGUCCACUCCCUCCCUGACCUGUCCUCUUCCCACAGGCCUCUGGGGCAGGUGGCUGGGGCAGGCCUCACAGCUGGCUGUCUGGGGCAGAGAGUGGGAUGCUUGCUUGUCCCAUUGCCCUGCAGAUGGGCGCCCCCUGGCAGCAGGAUCACAGGGGCCCAGCCGCCCACCCACUCACUCAGGACCUCACUCGCAAGCCCCGCCCGGGCCCCCUCCUGUGACCUCAGGGUUUGGCCCGUGGGGCCCUCCCAGGCCCCUACCCCAAUUCUGCCCAGAUAAUCGUGUCUCUCCUGCCUCAUGCUUCUCCGUCAUGAAUGUGUCCUCGGCCCUGGGGCCCCUUGCUGCUGUGGGGGGCCUGCCCCUGGUGGGGCGGGCCUGUGGGUGAGGAGUUGGAGUCCUUUGGGGCCUUCCCUCCCUCAGCCAUCCCCCCCACUUGGGGGCUGGGCCCUGCCUCCCUGUUACCCUCUCCCCUGCAGGCCUGGAGCCUGUUGGGCUGGACUAGGGUUCAAGGUCUCCCCCAGCUGUCUCCCCUCCCUCCCUUGUCCCCCCACUCGAGGCCGGGAGGUGGCGGGGGGGAGGAGCCGCGUCUCAUGUCUGUCUCUCUGUGGUUUUGGGUGUUUUCUUGUUGUGUCCUGGAUUCUGAUUAAAAUCAAAGAAACCGCUUCCUCCACUUUCAGGACUGGCUGGUUCUGUUGGGAGGAGGUGGAGAGUGACCGCCUGCUC